AUGUUCAAGACCGUGCGUGCUCAGCACGGUUCCGGCGAUUUGAUGGCCGAACUCGAGUACACGGUACUGCCGCAGUCGGACGAUCGUUCGCUGUCGUCGGCGUCCAGUGGCGAGGACGAAACGCCACCGCCGUCGUGCUCGAUCGGCCGCCAUCACAUGCAGUACCAAUACCACCAGCACCAGCAGUACCACCACCACCACCAUCACCACCGGCGAUCGUCGUCGUCGGACGACUGCGACGGCGGUGGCAGCGGCGGCGGAGUCGCCGGCACUCGACGCACCGUCAUCAUUAUUAUAGUCAUGUUGGUGCUCGGUUGUGGCGUCGUGGCGGCCGCCGUGUUGGUGCCCAUACUGUUGGCCGCCCGGCUGGUGUCCGUUCCGACGUCGGCUCGACUGCAGACGUUCGCCGUCGCCGCUUCGGGCGUCAUACACUCGGCGCGCGGUGAUUACGUGCAGCUGUUGCCGGUCAAGCACGCGCCGCCCGGUACCGUCAUCGAGUUCAACCCGGUACAGGAACCGCCACCGUCGUCGUUGCCGCCCGCCAACCGGCGAAAAAGACGUUCGGUGAAGUUGCGGCUGGUCAGCGACGACGUCCGUCAUCGUUUCCGCACCAGAUCGACAGCCACCGCCGCCGCCGCCCCCAUUGGUUUCCAACCGUUGGAUUUCCGGAUACGUCAAUAGCGACACGGGCGUGAGUAUUAAACUCUUAGUUUUUUAUUGUCAAAAAUUUCGGCCGGCCGACCCCGAUUUUUCGAAUUGGAAUGGGGGCGAAGGAGAAGUAAGCGAUUUAUCAAAUAUGUUAUGUUUAUACUUCGUUGAUAACAAAUUACGAUACUUUUAUUGUUACACCUAAUGUGAAUAAAACGUGCGCCGUAUAAACGGAUGUUGAAUUUGACCGAUCACCGUCGAACUAUUCGGAUUAUUUUUUCAAUGGACAUUUGAAGUUUCGUCAGGCUACAGUGUAGUAGUUGAUCUCGAAAAGAAAAAGGAACAAGUACUUUCAAUGUCUUAAAAUUCCAACAAAAGCAGUAAUGCGUUUUUGUCGAGUGGACUUCGCGUAUAGGCCUACACAAUAUGCGUGCGGGGUGGCGAAAUAUCUGGACGUGUAUCUGCCGAUAUCUGGCCGCAUCUUUUUGGGCCACGAAAAAAGUCGAACUGUUAAUGGCUGAUAAGCGGAGCCAAAAUAAGUUGAACACUAUGUGACGUAUAAUAUAAGUGCACUGUUUUUGCAGACGGUUUUUCGUGCUGGCGGACUACACUUAAAAGGAAGUCGGCGGAUUUUCUCUUAUCGGCUUCAACCUAACAUCUAUACAUUUGAACUACAUUCAUUGGUACAGACCGACGUUUUUAUUUUUUAACUAUAUUGAAAUAGUAGUCUGGUGUUUUCGCGGAAAAAAUACAUUUUUACAAUAUUUAAUUGGUUAGUUAAAAUAUAAUAUUAGAUUUUACAUUAUUUCGGAGUAGAAUAUAUAUAUGUAUGUACAUUAUUAUGUAUUUCUAUUUUCGGCUGCAGUUUAUUAUUUUUACGGAUUUAAAGUUUAGAGACGCGAGUGCAGUAAUAUUGCUCAGUAUAUAUUAUAAUAAUAAUAAUAUGAUUUCUACGCUGCACGCUGUUCUUGCUGCUCGUCUUAUCAAAAACUUUAAGUAUUAAUAUUGAAAAUAAAAAGUUUUUGUUCCGCAAUAUUUGAAGUUCAUAGAUAUUUAUCUACAACACGCGUAUAAAGACUUUUAAGAACAAAAUUCGUUAAGAAAAAAAAAAAAAAAACACAAAAAAAAAACGAAAUUAAAAAUAGAAAUCGCUAUUACCUGCAACUAAAUACUAAAUCCGAGAAACGCAGACAUUUUUACCGAACAAACCAAUGGUGUGAACUAGACACUGAUCAAUAUUCCGAAUAUUCCGAUACACUGCACGUUAACUCAAAGGGCUACACUGUCUUUGUGUCUCACGCAGCAGUCAUACAUGACCGCUUUCGAUUCGUCGAAAAGUUUUCUUCCUAUCCCUGCAUUAAUAUAUUUAUACAUCAGUGCCUCCAUAAUUCAUGAAGGCAUACGCUAUUUCCGACUCUGGGGAUUUUGGAAAUGAUGAUGACCGAUCAUUUUCGUCUUGUCUUGUAAUAUUAGUACAGAUAGACACGACUGAGUUACAUGUUUGUCUGCAAUUUCGAAGGUACACUAAAUUUCCAUUCGCGGUCAUUCGCAUUUUUCAGACGCGAUUUUUUUUUUCGAUAAUUCAAAAAAGUCAAAAUUAAAUCUCGAUUAUGUAUACAUAAUAUUUAUUGUUACCGUCAUUUGCUUGGGCGAAAAAAAACAAAUGUUUAUGAAAAUUAACAUAGUUCAAUUUAUUGAUUUUACGAUUGUUUUACGGAUCGUCGAGAUUGAACAAACGUCGUAGUUUUUAAACACUGGCGACACUGGUAAUUAUAACUAUCAUUGUCGUAAAUAUGAAAUAUGAAUAGACUUCAAGGGCAGAAGACUUGUAUAUUAUAAUCCAUACGAAAAUCAAAAUGCUGAGAUUAGAUUCGAUUGGUAAAGAAAGAUUGUAAUAAUUUAUCGUUGCUUUCAGUUAAUAACUAAAUUGACUUAUAUAUAUAUAUAUGAUAUAGUUUCCCAACUUCCCAUCGGUAGAAAUGGUUUAUUCGUGGUGCGCGAAGUAUGUCCGGAUUUUUAUUACAUAAAUUCGUAAAUCUUAAUACUGAAUUUUAACGAAAUUAAGAUUUUAAUUAAAUUAAUGCGUGCAACCAAAGUUCUCUCACAUGCAAUUAUUAGAAUAUACAUAUACAAUAUAAUAAACUACUGAAUAAACUAGUUGUACAGACUUUGGACUUGCGAUCAAUAUCUAUAAUAUACUUAGUUGCUUAACUUUUUUAUCAAUAAAAUAAUUAUCAUUAUUGCGCAUUGUGCACGCUGUAACGUAUAAUUUAUUAAAAAAAUAUCGACGGUAUUGUUUUUUUUUUAUAGUAUAGGUUUAACUAAAACUACACGUUUUUUUUUUAAUAAUUUGUUAAGUCUCCACCAUGUAAACAGUGAUAAAUUAAAUAAAUUAUAAGACUUUACCAUUAAUCUACUUUCCGAUGAUUUUUAAUAAUGUUGUAUAACUAUAGGACGUUUUGUAUUUGAUGGAUUUAAAUUUAAAAACGCGUAUUAUAAUUCUUUUGGUUUUUUACUAGAGUACGUUAGAAUUAUUUUUUAUAUUUUAAUUCCCACUUCAAUAUAUUUUUAUUAUAAGUCAAAGGAAAAAUACUUUAAGUUUAAUUUUGAACAAUUUCCAUUCAAUAAUUUUUCUGACAAUUUCCUGUAAAAUAACUAAACAUAUUAUUUGAACAUAUGCUAUAGUUAGUCCUGAUUCUUAAGAAUCAUAAUACAUUUUUAAAAUUGAAAUUCAUCAAACUCAAUUUUAACCGUUUUGUCUGACUUUUAGGUCAAUAUUGACUAAAUUAUGCACUAUCUGACACCAAUCACUUUAAAAGUAUUUAAUUUAAAUUGGAUUUUGUAUUAAUUUGGAAUGAGAGUAUCAAUAUAAUCGCUUUUUUUUUUCAACUCACCGUAAACACUAUAUAAAAUGACUAAAAAAACAUUUAAAAUCAAACAACGAAGUUAUCUAAAUAUCUAUUAAACAGUUCUAUAAAACCAUUUUUUUUUUUAAAUAUAUUGUAAUUACUGUACUUGAAAUACAUUUAAAAAAAUAAUAAAAAAGCAAUAGGAUCCAAAAUUAGCCUAAGAAAUCAAAAUAAAAAAAACAGACAUACUUCGCACGAUGGGUGGGCCACUGUUGUAGGUGAGAAGUUGGAUUUUUGAAGGUAGGAUAUAGAGGAGAAUUUCAUUUAUAUCCGAACGCAACGAUAAACGAAAUUUCUUUUAUAUAAAAAUUGACCUCUUUAAAGUAUCAAUUAGAUACAAUUUUUUCAGAAAAGGUGCUAUAAUAGACGAAUCCGAGCAAGAUUUCUGGUAGAAAAGUUUUUUACAGUAUAUAAAAAAAAAAUCAUAAUAGAGCUAUUUCUUGGCAUUUUACAUUUUUUUUUUUUUUUUGGUUUUCAUAAUUUAACAGGAGGUCAAUUAUAAAUUUUAUCUAAUAGUAAAAUAAAAAAAAAGGAGUUGACACUGCAGAUGGGUGAGCCACUGUUGUAAGUAUCAAGUUGGUUAGGUGAGCUACAUAAAGUUAUUUCAUUUUUAUCAUCUGUAAGCAACGAUAAACCAUUGCUAUAAAUUACAAUUCUCAGCGAAGUUGAGUUAAAAAUGUUUCGAAAUGCCAUAAUAUUUACGAUUUUCAUCAAAAUGUGAAAACUUAAGAGUUUUAAGAUCAAAGUUAAACGAAAAUUUCAAAACAUGUAUAUUUUAUAAUAAGCGUCCCUCAGAACCGUGUUUCGUUAAGAAUGGUUUUUAUUUCUUUUUAAAAUUAAAUUUUCUUGUAUUAAAAACUAUAAAAAUUGAUUUAAUACUUUCUUCCCUGGAACUAUAGAUUUAUGUUAUUUUAUUUUGUAUAUUUUAUUGUUUUUAGAUUUGGAGCGUAGUGAGGAAUUAUGCAUUGGUUUUACAAUGAUGUUUAUUAUUAUUAUUUUUUUUAUGCUGUGAACAAUUUUGUUACCAGAAAUCUCGCUUUAAUUUUCAAGUAUAGUACCUUUUGUGAAAGAAAAUUAUAUCUGGAUCUUUUAAAAAGAUAAUUUUUUGAAUAUCUAAGAGGUUUCCAUAAUAAUUGGGAAAAACGGAGAAUUUACGUACACGGGUAAAAGAAACUUCGUUCCGAAUCGUAAAGAUAUAAUUUAAAUUCGCCUUUUCUCACCUACAACAGUAGCCCACCCGCCAUGCAAAGUGUGUCCGUUUUUUUUUCAUCUUUAUUUGAUAUGGGUAUCAUUUCGCAAGAGAGAUGUUUUGGCACUUUUAUCUAGUAUUUUUUUCCUUUUUACAGCAUAUGAAACCGGACCCUAAUUAUAUCCGAUAAAGCUAUGUUUUCAACUAGUAGAAAAAAAAAAACAAAGUGAAUGCUUUCAAAAUCUACCUUCCGUCAGUUAUAACUUGUGCUUAUAACAUUAUAAUUUUCAUUGUAUAUUUUUAACCAUCGUUAAAAUGGCGUUUUAAUUUUGUGGAACGAAAAUAAUACGUGCAUAUUUAAGAAAAAUCUUAUUUUAUUUGAAUAGCGCGUACAAAAUAUAUUAACAAAUCUCGAAAAUAAACCUAUUUUUGUUUUAAUCUGUUUUUUAUUAAAGCUUGGAUUUUGGAUUAUUGUUGUGGUUAUUAAUUUUUUCCCCCGUCAUGGCGUUUUAAUGUUUUUUUUAUUUAAAAUAUACACUCACAUACACACACACACACACACACACACACACAAAAACAUUUGCAUCAGAAAAUAUUUAAAAUAAAAUUAUAUUGUAUAUAGUGUACAGUAAACUGUUAAGAUUAUAAUACCCGUUAAGAGUAAUUAUUAUAAUCUUUAUUUUUUUUCAAAAAACCUCGAUUAAAAUAAUUGAAAAAAAAAAUAAAUAUAUAUUAUUUUUGUGUUCUUCUGUGGUUUGAUUAUAUUAGAAAUUAUACAAAAUUAAAAAAAAAAGAAAUAGUUUUAAUACUUUUAAUUUAAUUCGAGGAUAAAAUAUACGUUUUAUAUUGAUUUGAAAAUAAUUUCAAUAUAACCUGCAGUGUGUAGUGUCGGCGAGAGAAAUUUCAUCGGCAUUGUACAUCUGAUAUUUUUUGUCGAAUUUUCCUCGAAAAGAAUGUUUGUUGUGUCAACUUUUGGCAUUUUUUUUUUUAUAAUUGUGUCUUUUUUGCAAUUUUUUUCCUUUAAUUUUUGGUCUAAGUGCAUGACGUAUGUUCCAACACAUGUUUCAGGUACCUAUUGAAAAUCUAAAUAUCUUAAGUCACUAUGACUUGAGACGUGUGUACUUUUUGUUUCGGAAAAAGGUACAAUUAAUAUAAUAUCACAUGACUUAACGUUAGACUCUUGGAAAUUUAUAGUGGCUCAUAUGGAUCAUAGUGGAUCAAAUGACUUUAAACUCGGGGAUGAUUUUAUUGGCGGAUUGGAGUGAUAAAAGUUGGGUUGAAGUUGAGUUGAGUGUUCUUUUAGCUUUAUACACCCCUACAUACCCAAAUAUAAUUCCCAAAUGAAGCCUAGGAGAUUAAAUUGUAUAUAUGCAUGGGGUUACUAUCAAGGAUGUGCCUAUUGCGCGGUUAACUUUCAAUCCCCACGCCUUAUUAUUUUUGAGAUCAAAUUUUGAAAUUGCUUGGAAGUUGUGCAGCAGUACAGUAUAAAAUACUGUACCAUUAUAGUAUUCGGAUAUUUGUUGUUUUGCAUAGAAUAUUUCGAUUACACAAAAUAAGUAACGGGGAAAAAUCGUACUCUAGUGAUCGAGCUCUACUGCUCACGGGUGUUUUUUUUUUUUUCUGUAGAUACUCGACUAUAUUUUUAUAAUUUUCGAUUAUUAUUAUUUUUUAAUACCGACUAAUCUGAUAGGUACCUACUGCAGCUGAUAUAUUUGGUUUUAUUACAAUUAUUAAAACCGUACAAAGCGGGUGCACAACUCUUUUUAAAUUUUCGAAACAGCAAACAAUUCGGCGAGGUAGGUAAUAUUAAUAUUCCCAACUCGUUUUUCGGUGGCUUUAAAAUAAUUACCGACAUAAAUAUUCGCUUUUAAGUGCUGUGGUAGUAUAUAUAUAUAUAUAUAAAAACGAAAAAGCGAACAUUUUCGCGUUUUGGCAUUCGUACUAUGCCGCAGUGUAUACAAUAUACAUUACACAAAGACAAUGUAAUUUAUAUUACAAUAAAUAAGUUUUAUUAUUUUCGGUGCAUAAUUUCUCGCGAUUUCGUUAUGACCCACGAAAUUCGGACGUUGUAAUGAAUAUUUCAUACAGAAUUAUUAUACUUAUGACGAAUACCUCGUCAAUUUUUGAUUAUGAGUGGAGCGAAGAAGCUCGCAUGUACACAAUAGUAUUUCAUAUUUCGGUAAACACUUUUGAGAGUUAGUAAAAAUGUUUCGAUUUUCCUAAACGAUGCGAUUUUUUUUCAUAAGAGAUGAUAUUUUAUUUGAAAUAAACAUUUUAGAUUCCUUACAGAUUUGUUUUUGUCAAUUUUAAAAACCGAUAAUGAUAGUUUCGAUAAUACGGUUUUAUUUUUGUUAAUCCCCGAUGGUAUACAAAAGGAAAAACACGACUAAUAUUACCUAUUCAGUUUCCGCUUGAAAUCGGUUUUUUAUUGCAAUCAUAUAUAAAUAAUUAAAUUAGAUACUCUGUAUACAUUUUUAGUGUUUCACCUAUUACAGUUGCCUAUCCCAGUGAUCAUACGAAGUGCGCACGGCUUAAUCGUAAAAUAUUCGUGUCGAAAUAUAAUAAGUUUAAGAUGUUGUUUGGUAUUACUGUAGUCUUGCACAUUUUUUCCUAUAAAAUAUUUAACAGAUACACCGUGCUGCUUCAUUUAUCUUCUGUUGCACGCAACUCCGACCUAUUUUUCUGAUUUAUAACAAGAGUUUGAUAAUAUAUUAUUAUAACCUUGAGUUUCUUUCGCUGUUUUCACAUUAUUAUUUCUUUAAAAUAAUAUAGUUUCUCACUUAAAUUGUUAAAGGACGCCACACUCGCAUGUGUUAUCCUGUGCCGUAGAGAGGACCGGUCGCGCCCCUAGCAAUGAUUUGAAUUUGCGCCUAUAUUGUUGUAUUUCUGUUUUCAGAGAUUCACAUUGAUUCAUACAUUGAUAACUUCACAGAAAUGUUUUCUUGGAGUAGUUGGAUUCUUACGUUUCUCACUGAAUUCUAUUGAAAUAUUCAAACGUUUUUCCAUAUCCAUUGCUUCAUUUAAUGUAUUUAUAAAGUCAUUGUUUCCCAUUUUUUAAAUUGAUUCAAUCAGUUAAUUCAUUAUUUCACAUACCACGUCUAUUCUACUGUUUGACACUUUGAUGGCUGUAAAAUAUUGAAGCGAUCAAUUUGACUUAAUUUAUCAUUCCUCAAGUUAGGCAAACAUAUAAAUAUUAAAUUAAAUUAAAUUUUUAGCACCUUCUCUCGUAUAUUUACGGAGAGUAAAAUUACCAACUAGAGUGUUUAAUAAUUUAAAAAUGCUUUCUACAUUUAUUUUAAGAGCUUUUUUUUUUUCUUGUAGAUCAUUGUGGAAAAUGUUUGAUUAAAUUAUUAAUUUUUCAUAAGCUAUUCUAAUGUCAUGUCGGUGCCUAGCUACGGCCCCCCUGGUGCUUGCUCCGUCUUACAAAUGUACGACGCGUAAAAUUUGUAUUUAGCAGGGGCGACAAUUUGAUGUUAGUUUUAUUAUAAGACUAUAGAAGAGUAAAUUGAGUAUAUUAUCAAAUUUAAACACAAUAUUAUUCGGUAUUUAAAUUUUUAAAUGUGAUACAAGGAAUUUUAAAUUGUGAUAUUUCACAUGGUCAAAUCUCGUUAAAAAUUUAAAUAAUCUUAAAAAUCAAUGGGUUAUUUGCUUUUCUCAUCUUUAAGUUUGAUACUAGGCCAAUUAAUUUUACUAUUAAAACAAACCGCACAAAAUGAUUGUCCUUGCUGAAUGUGAAUUUGCCAUGUUGUACGACAGUAGAUGCGGGUGUGAAAUCCUCUUUAAUCGUUUAUAAAUGCGUUGUAUAGUGUGUGCAAAACGCAUGUGUUAGGUACUGCAAAAUAUUUAAUUCCACCGCAAAUCGUUUUUCCACCAGAACGCUUCACUGCUCCAUACGCAUACAUUUUACUAACAGAUAUUAUAAUAUAAUAUUUUUAAAUAUUUCAUUAAAUUAUAACAGAUUAAUAAAAUAUGAUUGUUGUCCCGUUUGCGCGCCUCAUAUCAUAUUAUAUUACUAGUCUCUCGCGUAUACCCGUGCCGCCCCGUUCCAUACAGGUAAUCAAUUUGUGUAUCGGACGGAAUAAUAAUUUUAUUAUAACGAACGUAUUGUUUUAUGACGACCGUAUAAUAGAUAUUAAUUAUUUCAUUAUUAUCGCUUUUUUUCUAUUUUUUAUUUAUGAAUGUUGGCGUUGAAAAUAUUGCUUUUGCCCUAAUGCACAUUACGCAUAAGUAAAAUUUAAAAUUAUAAUAAUUGAAACACGCUAUGGCGCAUAAUAUAUGUGCGCACACGACGGUUAAAGUACAGUGUGCGAUUAGAUAAAAGAUUGUAUUAUAUUUUUGUUUUAUAAUACCCAUUUAACCAUUAUAUCCGUUUUAUUUAUCGGGUUUUUCGUUAAAAAAAAAAUAUAAAAAUAACAUUUCACCGAAUUUUACCCAGUAUAAUCUUAUUAUGUGUAUAUAUAUAACCAACUAUAAAAUCCACAAUAACCCGUCAAUAUGUAUGGACGGGAAUACAAUACUUUCUUAUUUUAAAACCUCGGUAGUUGAGAUUACUAGGUAGGCACUUAGGUACAGACGGUACAGCGUUUUUACCGAUAAAUAAUAUUUAAAUCGAAUGUGCCGUCGGUGUUUACACACACGGAAUCCUGUGGAGGAUCGACGGGUAAACGGCGUUCACGUAUUUGUAAAAUGUUUUUUUUUUUUUUUUUAAACACUUUAUAUUAAUACAUGUAAGACGUAUAUACGUAUAAUAUAAUUAAAAAGAAAUAAGCAAUAUCCUUAAAACGUAUGUAAGUUUCGAACAAAUUAUGUGUAUGCACGAAAGGUUAGAUUGUGAAAUUGAUAGUAUCUGGAAAAAAAAGGUAUUUUUAAAUUUACCGAUGUAAUAGGUAAAUCCAUAUUCGGAAUAUAAUGCGUAAGAAUAUAACUGCAGCCCUAUCGUGAGUUUUCUCAUCGAAUUAAUUUUUGUUGGUUAAUUAUUUUAGAUUUCGAGUGUAGCGAAGAAACUGUUAGUUUCAUUGAAAUGUUUGCACCCCACUUCCCAUAAAAUAUUUUUUGCCGUACCGUUAUAAAGUACGUGGUUUUUUUUCUCCAAAUGGGACUUUAUCUGAAAAAUAUUUUUAGAUUUCCAAUACUUAUUACAGUAACAUUUAUUUGGCGAGCGAAAUGCUCCGAUUAUUUCACAUUUACCUUAAAAAUAUGAGGAAUUUUCAUCCAUCGCAGUGGUAUUAGCAAUGCCUCAUCAGCAAUACAUAAUUCAAAAAAAUAUUUUCGAAUUAAAUAACGUGCAUCAAUUUAUCAAGAUUGGUAUAUUUUGAUAUUUUAUCUUAUUUAUAGAUAAAUGAGAAAUUAGUUAUCUGAAAUAAAUAACCGAAUCGUCAUUUUUAUCUAGAUACAUAAAUCGUUUGUAUUAUAAUUUAUGUAUUUAUUAUAGAAAUAAUGCGUAAAAUAUUUAAUUGAUAUUGGUAUUAUUACUUACAUGUUUGUUAAAUAAAUAAAUUAUUAAGUUAAAUCAAUGGUUUUUUUUUUUUUUGAUGUCUAAACAUGUACCUGAUAUGACAUACUCAGUUUUAUAUUAUUAACAGAAUUAUCAUCUUUAAUUUCUUUUUAGCCAUUAGAUACAAUAAGUAGUUUAUUAUAUAGCUUUUUCUAAAUAAUUAACUUGUUAUGGGUACUUUCUAUAGUCUUUUAGAAACUUAUUCUAGCAAUUAUGUUUCUAUUAUAUAAAUAUUUAUCUAAAUAUUUUAAAAUUAAUUUUUUUCUUGAAUGAUUUAUCAAUUUAUGAUUUUAAGUGCUGCGAUGCUGUGAGAUUAAAAUAAUAAUGUUUCUAUUGAAUUACUCGUACGUUUACUCCAUUCAAGGAAUCUAUUUUAUAUUGCGUGGCAGUGACUCGUUAAGAGCGUAUAAAGUAAAGGCAUUUUUUUUCAAAACACACACACACACACACACACACACACAUGCAAACAAACGACACAACUUACUGUGAUCGAGUUUUCAGUUUUUUCUUCUUUUUUACAAGAGUUUUUAAUCCGUACCUAUAUGUAUAAUUUUGUACGUUCGAGAAAAUGUUUUUUUCCUGACGGUUGAAAAAAAAAAAAUAUUUGAUCGUAUAAAACAUUACCGUAAAUAAAAACGGAAAUUAAUGUGUCGCCGUCGUCUAGGUACUCGUAUAUUUUGUACUGCAGGUAUAUUUAAGUACACGCACACGAAAAUAAUAAUGCGUUUCGCAUUGUUAUUUGCGCGUAUAUCAUUAAGACUAUUAUAUCAUUUCGCGUUUAGAAUGUAAAUGCAUCGUAUUACAAUAUUGAUGCAGUUAGAGUAUAACAGCGAGGUGUAUUAUCUAGAUAGUAAUAUUUUUAUUUUUUAUUGUAUGUGGAUAAAGGAGAAAUUCGUUAAUAAUUGUAUUAUCUUGAUCUCAAUUCAUAUAUUUAUUAUAAAUAAAAGUUAACAUAUUAAAUUAAUAACCAUAUGGCUUAAAUAAACAAAUUAUUAAGUAUUACAUUAAUCACAUAACCAUUUUGAAAUUUAGACAUGUACCAAAUCUGGUAUACUUCUAAGCAUAUAAAUAGUUAACAAGUUGUGUAUAUAGUGUAAGAACAAAACCAUCUCUUUUUAAUUAGAUGUAAAAUUGUUCACGAUUGUUCAUAAUUUAAGAUAAAAAUCUUUAUCUAGACAGGUAAUUGAAUUGUUACGUGUAUUUUAUCUUAAUCUAGAUUAUUUAUUAUUCUGUAAAUUUAAGUAGAUAUUUUUAAAUUUAUCUUUAUGCAACACUGAAAAAAAAAAAAACACUUUAUGAGUAUUAAGUACUGACAAUAUCAUUCAUUAUCUAUGCAUGCAAAACCCAAGGCCGAUUUAGCUGUGUGCUUUUUUCCUCCUAUUAUUAUUACGCUCGUUUUCUGCGCGUAAUAUUACGCAGUGAAUACUUCGAAGGCUUAUGUUGAUAAUAAUAAUAACGUUAUUAUAAUAUUGUGUGUAGUCGUCGGGUGUAACGCGAAAACUCGGAAAAUCGGAAGCAGUAAAGGAGCGCCAGACGAAGGGUCCCAUGGUUAUUGCGGGACAUCUUCAUCGCUAUAUUAUAAUAUAACAAAUCCUUUUCACUAUUCGUUUUUAUGGUUUCUCCUGGAAACGAGUUCCCGUCUUCCCCCUUAGGUCAAUUGGAUGUAUACGGGGAAGUGAUGGAGAGGAACGAUAAUAAUACUAUUUUUUACGGCCACCACCGGUCAGUAGACGAUGGGUCUCAAUCCGAUUUUCCAAGGCUCCAGGAUUUUCUAUAAUAUUCUCCGGACGUUUUGUUUUUUCUCCUGGGCAGCACUUGAAAACAAUAUCAAUCUUACUCCGUUCUUUCACAGAGAGAUCGCAAUAUCGGACGUCGUGAAAUGAACAUAAUUAUGUACAGGGUGUCCUUGUAUUGUAUGCCUUUUGGAAUUUUAUUUGGAAAUCGGUAAAUAACGUGCACUUAUAAUUUAAAAAUAUGUCCAGUAGGUUGGAAAAAUAAUAUCCGUUUCUUCUGUUUAUUUUUUUUUUUUUGUUUCAGUCGAUAUUUCGGAUUUACUCGUACAUACUCUUUUUUCUUUUUAAUUUUUUGUUGGUUUUUCCAUCUUCUUUCCUUUCCAAUAAGCAGCAAUUUGAGUUGCUUUGUCUUAGAUAUAAGUUAUUUUCAUAAAAUCUUUCUUUCUGCAAGUAAUUGGUAGUAGUGGACUACAAACAGAUGGUUUGUAUUUUAUUCUUCAACGCAUUCACAUUUUCUAUCGUCUUGUAUUCUUCAUCAGUAGCGUAAUUGGGGGAUCGCAAGAGAUUGCACUGGUGAAAUUGUACGUUAAAAUGAUAAGUUCAUUUUCAUCUCUUGAAAAACAACGUGACACAUCAUUUUAGAGUAGAGAUUUGCAGCGAAUCUCUACGUGAUAUAUGUUAUUUAUAGUUUUUGGUAAUAAUCAACGAGUCAUUAAUUUGAGUUCGAGUGUAAAAAAAAAAAAAAAAAACCCGUCGUCAUUUUUCACCCUAUACUAUAAGUAUGACUAACAGGUUACCAUUGUGGCCAUUAAACAAACACCCUGUAUAUGUCAUAUCAAACGAUCCACGGUAACUUUCCGGCCAUAAACCAUAAUUUUAGAAGGUUUUCGUCGUGUCCCGUGCACUAUAAUAUAGAUAUCAGAGGUUUUUGCUACGGAAAUUAUUUAACUUUAUCAAUGCCAUUGCAGUUAAUAUAGUGACUUGUGAAAAUAUUAUAUUGUAUUUAUGAUGUAUACAGCGUGUUCUUCGAAUUGGAGUUACCCCAACUUUGCGGAUAUUUUAAGUUUUGUAUACCUAAUUCCUAUAAUCUGCCGUAUUAUUAUAAUUAGAAUAAUCAUUCAUUAAGUUUUAGAUUCUGUAAAAACACGUGUAACCGAACUCCGUUCAGAAUCGUUUUUUGGUAGCAAUGAUUAAUAUCUGCGUACAGAUAUUCAUUAAAUCUUCCUUCUACCUUCUCAACUUUUUACCUACAACAGUGGCUCACUCAUUGUGCGAAGUAUGUCAGCUCGUUAUUUUUUUUAAUAAUCUAAUUCUCAAGUGAGAGAAAAUAAUUGUAUAAAGGUCAACUUUUGAAAGUCAAAGAAACGAUUAAAAAUUAAUUUUUUUUUAUCAUUACAUAAUAUUAUUGAAAGUUGUUUUUUUAUAAGAAUAUUUUAUUAAUUUAUGUUGACGUUCGAAAAACUAGUUUUUCUAUGCAUAACGCUGCAACUGACAGUGCAGCUAAUUAAAAGUUACUAAGGAAAACUAUGAGAGUUUGCCUCUAAGCGCAAUCUAAAAACAUUGUAUAUGGAUGAUAAUUAAUUAUUAUAAAUGAUUUCCAGUGGAAUUUCCAGGAACAAAAAAUCCAAAACUCUAAUUUAAACCCCGUAUACAAAUUUAUAAAUCUGAUGAGAUGUCAUGAACCUCCGUUCAUAACCGUCUACGUUCAAAAUUUCAGAUUUUUGAUUUCCGUAUAGAUCUCAUUUAAAACGUAUCGUCAUUUUUUUAAUUUUUUUGUCAACCAUUGAGAAUUUAUCAAAAAAUGUUUCCAUUGAAGUGUAUCUUAUUAUUUAUGUUAUUAUACUAGUGUUUCUUAUGUUUCCAUAAAAUAUGUGUGGUAAAUCCGCAUAUUUUUUAAUAAAGUAGGAUUUGUAAGUUUUAGAUGAUUUUAGCUAACUAAAGAGAAAAAAAAAUGCAUUAAAAUUCAGAAAAUUAUAAUAUAACAUCAUUGCUCUACUCUGAAUCUAAAAACGUUAUUCAACUUUCUAAAUUAUUAUUUAAUUAGCUUUUUUUAGCCAGAUUUACUUCUCACAAUGGGUAAGCCACUGUUGUAGACGGGUAGUUAAAAAGUAAGGAAAAUUAGUUUAUAUACUGCAAGGGUAAAUCAUUGCAAACGAAAAACGAUUAUGAGUGGAGUAGUAUUAGUAGAGUUUUUCUCUUGUUGCUAAGAUAAUCCAGGAAUCAACAAAAAAAGAACCUAAGAGGUGAAUUGUAGAAAAUGUCGAAUAAAAUGUUUCCAAAAUAAAACAUCUCGGUCAGGAAAUUUUGCGUCUUUUACGGUAUUACUUGAAAAAUCAAAGUAUUUUUAAUAACCAUAAAACUGUUUUACUGAGAAAAAACAAAUCUUUGAAAAACUAUAAUAACUUUUAUGUUUAUUAUACACAUAAUUUAACACAGUAGCUUUUCGUUGGAGUAUAGGUUUAAUACAAGAGAUCAAAUCACCGAGUCCGUUAUUUAAAUUUAAAAAUAAUUUCCUGCUCAAAAAUUACUCGUUUAAAAGCGUUUGAUAAAAGGUCCGAAUUUAAGAGAUUAACAGAUAAAGGUGUUGACUAAAUUUGUAAAAUUUAUUGUUCAGGAGGGUGAUUUAUAACGAAAAAUUAUAAAAUACAUUAGACCUUGUUUUGUGUUUGAGCUCAGCAUUUGCAUUAUGUAUGAAUACGUAGGCUUUGGAAUACCUGAAAUGACUACAAAGUAAAUUUCAAAAUCUUUCUACUGAUUCAGCAUAAAAUGUUAGUUAACAGAAAAAAAAAAAAGAAAAACAUUAAUGCUAAUUGGUGUUAAUUGGCUUACAAUCGAUUUAUCCAAAAAAAAAAAAAAAAAAUCACGAACUAUUAAAAAAGUAACAGUUAUUUAGGAAACUAAAAAAAUAGUAAGGUUAUCUUUUCUUUUUAUACUGUCCUGCAUAUUUAUAAAAUAGAAAAAUCCGAUGAGGUUUUCUUCGAAAUAUUCUUUUCUAUAAAUUUUAUAAUAGGUACUUUCGCUCUAAAAUAAAAAUUAAACUGGUUUUACUACAGUCUGCGGAAACAUCGUUUUGCAUGUUGCUCGGUAAUUGGACUGAAACAGUAGAUGCUGGUGUGGUGUCCUCUCAAAUACCUAAUUUAACAUCUUUAUAAAUUUAAAAUUUUCAUAAAUAUGUGUUUGUUUCUGUUCUGAAAUUUCGUAUAGAUCUGUAAUAUUAGGUACGUCAAAAGAAGUAAAUGUAUGAAAUAAAAUUAAUUAAUUAAAAAAAAAAAAAAAAAAAAAAAUCAGGAACGGCUAUUUCGGUAUUCCAUAUAAAACGACGUAUGGACGCACACGUAUAAUAUAAUAUUUUGUAAUAUCGUAAUCCGCGUGAACGGUCGCGUUUUAUUGCUAGUGUCUGUUGCGAUAUAAUAAUAGAAGGAGGACAGACGGUCUGAGUAAUAAUCCGCUAUUUAUUACUGUAACGCGACAAAGCACGUCGAACGAUACAAUGAUAAUAUUAUACGAUAUCGAAUCUAUACUGCAAAUACGAGUGUACAAAACAAACGCCCGUCCGUAGUCGAAUACGUGUCCGUUUUGGAUUCUGCAACAAUAACAACCGGAACAAUAAUGUAAUAUAGUAAUAUUCUACGAAAAGUUUAAACUCUAUUGAUUUUAUUAUACAUACAAAUAUAAAGACUAUAAUAUUGUAUAUAUAUGUAUAUAUGACAAACACAAAUCAAUCAGUGUGAGAUGAAAUGUUAGAAAAUAUUGAAAUUUUAGGUUUUUUCUCUAAAUGUAAUAUGAAAUAUGAAAUAUGAUUUUGGUUCGAAAUGUUUCCGCAAAAAUAUCACCAGUGGAAAACCUUGAAGUAAAAAAAAAAUUGAUAAAUAUCUUUUCAAGCGAUACAUUCAACCCAUGCAUAAUCUCAUCUUAAAUAAAAUUGCAACCAAAAACUUAAAUUCAAUCGUAUUACUUUUAAUUCAUUUCAUUAUAAUCUAAUGAUCAACAUAUACACAAAUACUAUUAGAAAUGACCAAAGAAAUAGGAAUAUUUAUACAUACACAAAUUAACAUUUAUAUUAUUUAAUAAAAAAUGCACUAAAAAGAUAAUAAUUAUAUUAAUCCUAGAGAAUCUCUUUUAAAGAAUUAUUUCUAUUGGAGAUUUUUUUUAUUGGAUAUAUUUUGUCGGAGAUAUCGGUUGGUCAUAAACCAGCUUGUUUUGGGAUGAAGAACAUAUUGUUUUUUUAAUAUGGCGCUUGAGUGAUUUCUUUUUUCAAAAAAUACAAAAUAAUAAUUUAAAAUUUAUAAUUUCUGCCUUCAGGCUCUACCACUUGUAAAUUCAAUUAUAAUAUAUUAUUAUUAUACAUAUCUAAAUUACGAAAUUUAAAUUUCGAAAAAUGAUUUCAAGUUUACUUUUAUGCGUUUUAAAAAAUUUAUUUAUAGUUUAUAUUUUCAAAAAUAUUUAAUAGAUACUACACAUAAAUUAAAUUGCAGCACCCCCUAUAAGCCAAGCUUGUACUGAGGGAGUCAAUUAUCUUCUUCUUCUUGGUCUGCUUAUUAUUACACUUAGCUCCAUGUUUCUAUUAUGAACUGUCGCUUUCUUUAGUUUUCAAAUACUAACCAUUUUAAAUAUUCCAGCACGUGUCGAUUAGCUUUUUUCUGGGCUUUCAUCGGAUCUUUUCCCUUAGGUUUCCCAUUCCAUUGCUGCCCCCUCCCCACCUAACUGUUUUGUUUCCUUCUGACCUUAUUAUAUGACCUAAUAUUAUUGUACCCUUUGUGCGUUGAUGAUACUUGCUAUAUGUUACAUAUCGUAUUACAACUCUUUGUUAAACCACGUUCGUCAGUUCUUCGUCGUUUCAUCGACGAUGCUUUGUGCGUACAAAAUCAAUAAAAUAAAAUAUUAUUAAAACGCAGUGUCCGGUAGAAUAUUAUUUAAAAGCGAUAUUAUGACCAUAAUUUGAAAACCAUGUCAAAAGUAACAUAUCGUUUAUUCGCGGGUAAAACGUAUUUUCCUUUUUUUGAACCUUUAGUACAAAAUGUUAUUUAAUAUUAUUUAAAUCGCAUUAAACUAAUGGGAAAACGAUGUUGUAUUACUUACACUGCAGUAGUAUUAGUGUAGUCUAUUAUGCUAUUUGAACUGCAGUGUCGUUUAAACAAAUAUACAUUAUUGUUUAUCUACCUACGCGAUAACAAACUACUAUUGCGCUAAUUAAGUGUACAAUUGUUGCCAAGUCCGAGGUGAAAUUUUCGCGCGAAAUUCAACUUGCGACUUGGUACUGUAUCCAAAACCUGCAGCUAUACGAGAUUUAAUUUCAUAGGCCAUUAGUUAUUAAUUAUAGCGGUAUCCGCCAAUACGAUUUUAUAAAAUAAAAAAAUCUAUCCGAAUUUAACGCCGUGUACAAAUUACGUUUUAUUAUUGCAACUGCAGCCGCGAGAAAGCGCGUUUUAUUGAUAGCAAAAAAAAAAAAAAAUAAAAAACGUUUGAGGCAGCCACCUACCUAUAUAAUAUAAUAUAAUAAUACACGGUUCUUUUACAUCUCGCUCGAGAUCCGGAGACGGCGAUGUAAAAAAAAAAAAAACAAAAAUACUCAAGAGCACGGAGGGAUUGUGACGCUAACAAUGCUCACCCACGAUGCCCUUUUGCCCUUUAUGCACUUGUAUUUUUGCCGUCUUCCCGUGUAUAUUUUAAUCCGAAAUUGGUGUCGAGAAAAUAUACAAUAAUUAUAUAGCCGGGUAAGAUAAUACGACGGCGUUGAAAUUAUCACGUGAUGUAGACCGUUUAUUAUAGGAAUGCGGUAUUUACCCUUUGUAUUUUUUUUUUUUUUUGGCACAUACAUUCUCCUCGAACAACCCGAAAAUAUUAAUUUCACGUUGAUUUCAAUAAAUUGAAAUUUAAACGUAUUUUGCGAGAAUCCGUGGAUAGCAUUUGAAUAUUUGGAUUUUAAUCGAGACGAAUUGCAGUACAAUUUAUAAGCAACAAAACGGCUGAAUGUUUGAUAAAUCCGAAGAAAAUUAAAUACGUUUGAAAAAAAAAAAGGUAAAAAGUAUUCGCGUUGCACUUGUACGAUUAAAUUAUAAUGAGUAUUAACCGAGUUCUAAAUGAUUGUUCUAUUAAGAAAUAAAAAUACGCAUCCAAAGAACUAUAAGAGAAGGGGUAGGGAGUUAUUAAAUUUAAAUUAAUUUAAUGCUAAUACCAGUUUACCAAUAUUCUGUUUGUAGGUCAGGUGAUUUAUUGAAAGUUAUUACUUCGUUUUCUAUUUAGGGCCAUUAAAAUAAGUUGUUUGAAAACUUCGCCGUAUGCAAUUAAUUUUCCAAUCUGUGACCGGGUAAAAUUUUUAAACACCUCUUAGUUGCUUGCCCUUCGGGUCAUCGCUAUAAAGUUUAAAAUAUCUCGACGUUGUAUUAUAAAGAAACCCGACUUUACGUAUCCUAUUUAAACUUAUCUCUAAUAAUAAUAAUAAUAAAAAAAAAAAAAAUCCGUACGAUCAAUAGUCAGAUUUAAUUUUUAAAAUUUCAUUAAAGGUCGGUAUACGCGAAUACUUUAUUUAAAAAUGAAAAAUAAAAAAUAAUAUAAUAUGGGUAUUAUAAUAAUAUUUCUUGUAUGUCUUUUUUUAAAAAAAAAAUAAUUGUUUACAAGCAUUUAUAUUAUAAUCAUUUUUUUUUUUUUUUAUCUAUUGUGUCUUGAGAUAAAUUAUUGUAUUUUUUAAAAUGUUUUAUAUACGCGUGAAAGCCAUUGUUGAAUACCAGUUUUUUUUUUAAUAAUAAAAAGCGAACUUCUGCACUGCUCUUUUUCUAUGAAAAAUAUCUUAUUAUUUCAUAUAAUGUUAAAAAAAAAAAAAAAAAAGCCAUUGUAUAUACUACUGCAGUAGCUAACGAAAUCGUCAUUGUCCUAGUUUCGUUUUUCUAAACGGUUUUUUUUUUUUUUCAAAGUCAAUACACAAAGAAUUAAAAAGGUUCGCGUAUGUGUCGCAUUUUUCUAUGACUUAUGGUUGACAGUUUUUUAAGCAAUUUUAGUUCAGACCUAACAACAAUGAUAAUAAUUUUAAUAUUUUACAUUUUUAUAGUCAAUUGUAUUUCAGGUUUACUAUUUAUGAUAAAAUGUGCUUUGUUUUUCGAAUUUUUUUCUGUUGACAAGUUUUCGACCGGAAAAUUGACCCCAGUGAAAAACUUACCAAGAAAUAUUUUGUAGAAUUUGAAUCUAGUCAUAGUGCAUUGAGAAGGUAAUUAUGUUGAACUUCACGGAAUUUUUCUAAUAAUGGGGAAAAACGUUGAGAAAUGUAAACGUAAUGCAGGUUUUCGUCAAAAUCAAUUUUUUUUUUUUAGAUUUGGGCUAAGCAAGGCGUGUAUGAUGUGUUUUUCCCGUCUGUGAACAAAUUUUCGACUAAAAAUCUUCUUUCAAUCAUCAACACUAGUAGUAGUUCUUAGUAGAAAAUUAUUUCGAGCUAGUGCAUUAUAGUUUUAUCAAUAAUUAAGGAAAAUCCGGAAAAAAAUCGGGAAUAUUUUAAUAAUUCUGGUUUUUGUUAUUUUCGAUUUUGUUUUUUUUUUUUGUUACAAUUUUUGUUUAAAUUUAGUUAAAAACAAUCGUAAGCAUCUUGUAUUGUUCUAGAAUAGUUAUGUUAGUCUUUUCUAGAUGCGGUACAAUACAAUUUUCAAAACAUUCAGACGGUUUUUUAGUUAUUUUAGUUAUUUUUGUUUUAUAAGGAUUAACAUUUUUUUGAAAACUCAAAAAUAUCUGAAAAUUGUUUACAUAGUUAAUCGUUAUUCGUUCUAUAGAACUAUAUAAAUAUAAAACAUUUUUUUUCUUUUUAAGCGUUUAAAUUUCAAAUUUUGAUGACAAUUUUUAAAAACCAUGGCACAAAAAUUUGUGUGUUAUUAAAUGUGUACAAUUUAAUUUUCUUGUAAUUUCUUGAUAUUGAAAAUGCGCAUAAUGUGUUUAAUAUUUAUUAUUGAACUCUCUUUUUUCCAUCUAAAUGGGCGCGCAUCGGGAGAGCGGGAGCGGGAGCGCGAUGAAUAAAACAUGACACCUAGGUAUCUAUUGACAAACGUUUCGAACAUUAGCGAUACAGUACGCACACAAUAUUUUUGUACGGACUUUUUUUCCGUACAAUCAUUUUAUACCUAAUAUUAUUUUGCGCAUUUGUAGUGUUUACACGUUUCGGGGUAUGUUCUACAGUUGUACCAAACAGACACCCACCUAAUAAUAUUGUAGUUUCGUCACCUUUUUUUUUUUUAAUUCCAUAAAAAUUUCAAUAAAGGUCGUAUUUUGUUUUUUACAGUCUUCAGAAGAUUACCUAUACGACAACAAUAUCAGUUAGGAAUGUGUAUUGUACAUCGAAACGAAAUAAUAUUGAGUAUUUUAAUAUAGUAGUUGUAUUAUUUAAUAUUAUAGACGAUUAUUAAAAGAACAUUUGCCGUUUCAGGCUAUCAAACAGGCAAUGUAGUGAAAAUGCGUUUAUUUGUAAUUGAACUCGGGCAUAGUUUUGUGUUUUAGCUAAAUAAUAAUUGAUUUAGAUAAGUUAUUAUCUGAAUAGGUAUAUUUUUAUAUUUUAACUCAUCUAGAAAAUAAGUUAUCAGAUAAUUACAUUUUUUAGGUAAAUUUUUUUUAAUCGUAAUUUAUAUAUUUAUUAGAAACCAUAGGUGAAAUAUUUCAUUUAUAUUAAUAUGGUUAAAUAAAUUAAUUUGUAAGUAUUACAGUAACAAAGCGUUGUUCUUUUUGAUAUUUAUAAGUGUACUAAAUCUGGUACACUUAAACUACUUUUAGCACUCUGUGUCUUAUGAUAGGUAAUGAACACAAUUUUGUUUCUUCUUUUAAUCUAAAUAAGAAAGUUCUUGAUUGUUUUUUAUCUUUAUGUAGGUAAUUAAAUUGUAAAGUAUCUUUGUAUCUUUGAUCUUCUUAGAUAUUUAUACAUAUUAAGUUGUUUUGAUUUUUAACUUUUUUUUUUUUAGAAUUAAGACUGGAAAUUGCUUUCUUAUGGUCUUAUACUUACUAAAAAAAUGUGAGCCCAAAAAAAAAAAAAUUUAGAAUUUGCUCAUCAUAUGUUUUGUUUUUCCAUUUAAAUAACAUAGGAAAGUAACGAUACUUUUAAUUAAAACACAUUUUCUCAUUAAGUUCAAAAGUUACGAGUUUGAAAAAAUUUUUUUCUUAAAGAUUUCAAAAAAAUACUUAAGAUUCACUUGGAAUCAAGUAAAAUUUUACUGUUAUAAGAAUAGCUUAUUUGUAGACAUUUAUAAAAAUUGAGUUUUUAUAACUUUUUUUUCAAAUUAUAAAAUUGUAUUAAUCAGCUACUUUUUGAUCAAAAUUGUUCAAACAAGGUUCAUUUUGUAAGUAUUGAAAAUACCUUGCUAUCAGUCCUUGGUUAUAGAUCAGUGGCUGAGUUAUUCAACUUUAUAAUAUGAAUAAAAAAGUUAUAAAACCUCAAUUUUUAUAGAUUUUUUACAAAAAUACUAUGUACAAUCUCGUAACUCCCGUACUUAAUGAGUGAAUGUGAUUUGAUUGAAAGCACGUUACUUUCCUAUGUUAUUUAAAUGGAAAUCUAGAUAUAACUAAAACAGAUUAUUAUAUAUAAAAGAAAAACGUGGUUGACUGAUUUAUCAACGCGCAGCUCAAGCCACUGGAUAGAUCGGGCUGAAAUGUGGAGAGCCAGUAUGACGUAGACAUCCGGAGACAAAAAUUAAAUUUUUUCAGUUGAUUUAUGACAACAACGGUUUCGUUGUCGCUGACAAUAAAACUAAUAAUAUUAUUAGUACCUACGAUUUAUUCCAUUAUAUUUGUUUCACUCGAUUUUUAUGUAACGCACAACAACGGAACUGUGAUAGGCGUGUAAACGGGGAGUCGCAGGGUAACACGUUUUAAAAUGAUACAACAAUAAAUGCUUUCGUUCAAAACUAACACGGGCAAUGCCGCGUGAGACACGCUGCAUCAUAAAUCAUAAUGCGCAUAACGUAUCUCUACACAAAACUGUUAAUUCGUAAAAUAAUCGCUUUGAAAGGUAUUUUUUUCCUGUUUUGUGGUAACGCGUUUUCGAACAAAUUUAUACGAUUACGAGAAUAAUAUUGAAACCCGAAAAAAAUAUUAUUGUCGACUUAUUGUUAUUAAUGUGUUCGUGCAAUUAAAAUAUAUCACCGUAUGUUCAUAACCGGUAAAGCUUAUUGAAUAUUGUUUUGCUAUAGCUUUGUUUUUUUUUUUUAAAUAUUAUACAUUAUAACCAUACAACCAUAUAUUUUGUAGAUUACAAAGUUCAUUUUGAGAUGUGAAAAUUAACUUCAGCAAAUGGGAUACGGGGAAUUUCGCGUUGGUAUCACACUUAUAAUAUAUAAUUUACAUUAUAUUUUCUUAAUUUUAUAUUUCUAAAUUCUUUAAAAAAUAUACGGAUACACGGAUAAGAGGAGGAAACUUUUUUUCAUAUAAUUUCACCCAAGGAAAAAUACACAAUACCAUCGUCAUAUUGUUGCCACAAACUUGGAGGGGGAGGGGGAGGUAGUAAAAAAGAAGCGACGAGGAUAAGGAACUGCACAAACUACGCCACCGCCGUGCGCAUUAAUAAAGUUCAAAAAAUAAACCGGUGACGCUCUGCACAUAAUUGAAAUGCUGCAGGGAGAAACGGAGUUUUGACAAGGUUGGUAAUUUUUUUGUUUUGUUUUUGAAACGUACCUGAUAAACAUACGCCCGGUACCAAAGUGUUUAUAGAAGGUUGUCUUUAACUUUAUUUAAAACGAUAAUUAGGAAAGUGUUUCAUAAAAGUGUUUAUUAUAAUUAUUAUUUUUCCGUCGUGUCAUACCUAUAACUGGCUAUCACAUUUUUCAUCGAAAAUUACUAAAUGCAUGUACGAUGAUAAAUUUAAUCAGAGAAUUAUGGCAAUUACAUUUUUGUUUGAAUUUAUGCCCUAAAAAUUAUUUAUAUACAAUUUUAUAAUUUUAAAAAAAGAUCGACCGUGGUUAGACAUUUAAAAACAAAUUUUAACUCAACAUUUUAUCAAUACUGUUAACUAAGUGUAUUAUGUUAUUGAUUUGUCGUCGAAAUUUGAUCACCAAAUGUUUUAAAAAUAACGAUUAAGAUUUAUGGCAUUGCGCUAGAUAUUUUCUAUUUUUGAUCAUUGCAAUAGGAACUUACGGCGAUUCGUGAAUAGAAUACGCGGUAAAAAUAAUCGUAAAACAAUAACUCAUAAACAAUAAAAAUUUUAAAAUAAUUAAAAAAUAACAAUUAUACUUUAGAUAUUUACCGCACAUAGAAGACUUCAUAAAAAAAAUCCCGGCGUUUUGUAAAAUAUAUUUCUGUUUUUCGGGUUUUCCCCACUAUCAGGAAAAUUGCGAGGAAUUCAAACCCUUUAAUGAUCCGCAUACGGCUACGAGGAAGCUCUAAAUACGAAAUACCGAGGUCUGAAUUAUUAAAGACUAAAUAAUAUUGAACUUUAAACUUUUAAAAUUGAAAUAAAUACCUACAAUGUUUACCGUAAUGUUAGUAUAGAUAAUAACAUUUUAUAAAAUUAUCGUUUUCUAUAUUCUGUUUCUGAAACCUACAACAACAUAAUAUUGUUUCGUUAUUCUGGUCUAUUAGUAGAUUAAAAAAAAAAUAAAUAAUAUGAAAAAAAAAAAAAAAAAUGAGCAACAGAGUUCCGUCACUAGAGUUGAAUUUUCUUCCAGCCAACUUGUAGCUGAUAUAAUAUUUAGUUUUUUUUUUUUUUUAUGAUUGGUUUUCGUAGAUAUGGCUCCCAAUUGUGUAUUAUCUUUUAGUCAAUAUAGAUAUUUGACAUUUAGUAUUUCAUGUGAAAACACACAAUUUGAGUAUGAAAACGGCUGGGGAGGAGUUUUUGCAAGUUUGAAACUCCCAAAAGAUACACUCUUGUAUCUUACACCGUGUAUAUUAUACAAAAUUUCAUCAUAAUUUGGUGGAGGGUCAUUUGGUCUGUAAGGGUAUACGAAGUUAAAAAAUCCAAUCUCCUGCUACAACAUGGUGAAUUCAUGUUGAAAUUCAAUCGAAAUUUUAACACUACAAUACGCCUAUAAAAAAUCUAUAAUUGCAGAAUUCGAGCUCUUUUGGAAUUGCUAAAAAUGUGCCGAAAAUGAGCGAAAAAAAUAUACGUAUACAAUGUAUACAAUUAGUACUUUAUUGUGAUUCACAUUUGAUACAGUAGCACUAAGUGAAAAAGUAAUCUCGAGUUGUAAUUGUAUUAAGUUCUUAUUAUUUUUUUUAAAUCUGCAAGAGACUGCAUAGACUCGCAAAUUAAUUUAUUUGAUAUUUUUAUUUCAAUUUAAUUCAUUAUUACUUGAAAAGAUUAUGUCUUGAGUAUUUUUUAGAUGAAUAUUCUCUUAAACUCUAUUAAAAUCAUUUCUCAUUAAAAACGAUAAAUUGAAAUUGUCGUUUUAUGUUGUCACAUAGGUAAUAUAAAUAAUUAUAAUGAAAGACGAAUAUAUUUUAUAACGUAAUACAAAAUGUUUAGUUGUGGUUGUAUAAACCUCUUUUGAAAUGAACUUGUAUUCGAGAUUUUAAUUUUCAGAUAGUAAAAGAAAAAAAAAAAUAAUAAUAACGAUGUCAUAGCGAUUAUUAUAAUAUUUUUUUAUAAUUACUAUAGUAAAUUAAAAUAGGUUUUUAUUUCCAUUUUUAGUGUUCCGUAAAUAGGUAUAUUUCUAUUAAAAUGUUGUAUUUUUCUAUUUCUGUAUAAUUUCAUAGAAUUGAUAAGACAUUUUAUAUUCUGACUGUAUUGAAUAAGCUUUUGAUUGAAUAGUUUUACUAAGAAGCGUUUUUAAAAACCUUUUUUCUUGGAAAACACCUUUUUAAUUACUAAACUGACUUGGUAUUUUCACGUAAAGUACCUCAAAAGAUGUGGAUUUUUUUUAUGGUCAUAAUUUACUUGAAACAUUUUGACUAAAUUUUCCAUAUUUUUCCAUAGAAAUCAAAAAAAAAAAAAAAAAAACGACAGUACAUCGGGUUAGUUUUGUUGAUUUAUGGGUUAGGUACCUCGGCGGAUACUGUACCGGGUGUUCGCUUUUUUUCAAAUCCGUUCAACAUAAAACAUAAUUAACAAAAACUUUGUGUUUCAUAAUAAAGGCGUAUAACUAACACGCGAAUUUCGUAUUUUGUAGUAUUUAUUUUUAAUUUUCUGUUUUAUAGAGCAGUGACUACUCUGCUUAUAAACUUUAAACUUCCCAGUGGGUGUAAUACUGUUCGGUUUUUGUCUAUGCGAUACACAAUAUUGGAAGACAAUAAUAAAAAUAAUAAUAAUAUAUAUGUCGUUGGUAUUUUAUAAUAAGUUUUUAUGAAACCAUCGUAUAUGUUCACGUUUAAAUUUUCACUAUACAUUUAUUAUGAACAGUAAGACCCAAAAAUGAAUACGACGUCUGAUUGACACGGAAUUUAUCGCCAUUUUGAAUAUUUCAUACAACGCUACACGCGCAUUAAUUUAAUGAAAAUGUAUAAACCGCGUUAUUGAACAGAGUAUGAAACCGCAGCAGGACGACAAAAGGAAAUUGUGGGUUUUUAUUUUUCGCAUCCGACGAACGCUACGGGAACUCCGGUGUAAAAUGUGAUUUGCCUGUUUGCUGUUUUCCAGUAGGUACGGUAUUUCCGAUGUAUAAUAAUAUUAUUAUUAUAUUCGUACUCGAUAUUGUUAUGUACCAGUAUUCUGAGGUUUGCGAACAAUCGUUUGGUGAUUGCAAUAACGAACCUAUACAUAGUAGUAUAUAGUGUUCCGUUUAAUAUACCUACUAAUAUCGUCGGCUGAUAUCUAGAGGUCUCGGUUGAAAACGUAAAUUAACGCGGACGUAAAGUUUGUUUAAACGUAAAAUGAAAAAAAAAAAAAAAAAAAAGAAGUCCUAUGAUAACGGGGACGGGCGCAGCUACUGUUAUAGAUAAUUUAAUGUAUACCUGUAAGCAACAAUAAACCAUUGCUGACGAAAAAACGAUACUGAGCGGAGUUCAGUUGAUGGUGAUGUGCUUUGUUAAUAAUAUUUAUGUCGUUGUAUUGUAAAAUAAUUAAAUAGGCUUUAUAUAUUUUCUUUAAUAAUAUUUGUUUAAUUUAGUUCCCAGGUUUCCUAUUUUUUCCAGGUUUUCUGGAAAACUCUGGGAGAUAUCAAGAAAUGAGCUUUUUAUAGUAUCUUGCUCGUGACAUUUCUUUUUUAAAAAUAUUGAUAUCAUUAAAAGUUGGAGUAAAAUUGCUGAUAGAAAAGUUGUGCACAGAAAAAAAGAAGGCCGUAAUAUAUUUUAACUAAUAUCUACAUUUCUUAUAUUUUCCGAUUUUUUUUUUCGGUUUUUCAAAUUUGAUGAGUAAACUCUUGAGAAAAUCGAAAAAUUAUUCCUUACCUACGCACCUCCCAACGUAGAUUUCCUUUCAGAAAAUUUGCUCACAAAAUAAAAAUAAACAUCUUUGUAAAACUAUAAGCUUUCUUCGCUCUACUGAGAAUCUAAAAUAUCUACUCACGUAUACACGUGAAUAUAUAAUCCUUAUGCUCUUAUUUUAGUAUUAUUCUCGUAUUUACGUAUUCACGGAUAGUUGUUAAGGCAAUAAUGUACUACUAAUAUUAAUUUUUUUGUGAAUUUUAUGUAAUUUUAAUUUAUUUUAUUAUCGAAUUAAAUUUUGAACAACUUAGCAAACUUAAAUACGGAAAUACGCGAACAUCCGUGUAACUUUACGUAUUUUUGAAGUACACGGUUUUGUUGAUUUGAAUAUUAAUUUCACAUGAAAGCGUGAACACGUAUAACAGGGAGUUUUAUACUAUUUCCAAAGUGAUACUCUAAGGUUUUAAGACUCAAAGUAUAUUAGUUGGUAUAUCAAGGUAUAUUUAAAGUGAUAUACCUUUACGAGGCAUCACACUAGGAAAUUUUCCCACCUUUUAAUUCUAGUCUACGAGCAGAUAGAUCAAACCUUCCUCUUAACUGUUUGUUUGGGGUCAAUAUAUAUUUUUUUAAUUGAUUAUCGAGAUCGUGUCAUGUAAAAUAGUUUACGGUGUACAAGGUGAUUUUUAUAUUAUUUGUUUGAUGUAGAACCAUUAUGUCGGUAUGCUAUCAAUAUAGCGUGCGUUAAUAGUGUGUAUUCGCGUUUAGUUUUUCCAAAAGAAACGGUCGUCAUAUUAUAAACGUGUGUUCGUUACGCAAUGGCUCAAAAGGAUUCCGAACGGAACGAGGAUUUCUUGUUAUUUCUUUGUCUAAGGUAGCUGACCUUUUUACCCUUGUAGAUCUUCAAAAAUCUCACGCUUCGCCUCUGUACGGCUUUUUUUUUUUCGAACACUUUAUGAUACAAUAGACGUAAAGACUAUUUUUCUAUUGACGAUCUUAAUUAUAAAAUAUAAAUAAUAGUGAAUAACAUGAUGAAAUAAUCAAUUAAUAAUUAUUUAUUUACUGACGGCGCGGCAACUCGAAAUUGUCUUGUUUGUGUACCCGGCGGAGAUUACGAGUGUUUAACGAUAUGCAGUAACCGAUCAUUAUUACAUUUUAGUUUUUUACUGCCGUUUAUGUAAAAUAAAAAAAAUUUAAUGCAAUCAAAUUUUGUACUCCGUGUUGACUGCUUGUGCCUCUCUAGUAAUGUGUUUACGUCCCUCUUUAGUUUGGGGAACAUUGGUCUUACACAUAUUAUGCAGCUUACAAAUGUAAACCGAUUUUCUGCACGUGCAUCAGUCAAAUUGAUGUAUUAAAGCAAUAGGUAUUCUGAUUUGAAUUCAGCGUUAAGUGCACACGAGAUCGGCCAGACAACCUAAUUUCGUAUCACUCGUAUUGAGUUUGGUGAUUUUGCAAAGAAUCACUGCUGGUAGUAAGAAGAAUUAUUGCAGAUGGCGAUAAAAAUAUUAUUUACGCCAAACCAGAAUUAUUUAUUUCGUCUAAAACAUCAUUGAUUUAUGUGAAAUAUUGCCAAUGAAAAACAAAACCACCCUGUGUAACGGGUACAUUUUGUUUUUAUGAUUUUUUAUUAUUGUUAAGGGUAAGGCAGAGACUUUAACCCCGUAGUAUUAUUACGACCGCUCUGCGAUGAUGUACAAUUGAUAUCGCAGGAAGUACGCUAUACAGCAAUAACAUGGAAUGAAAAAUAGAAAGAAAAAAGUACACGUUUUGUGACCUCGUUCGUUAUAAUAUGAUGACAUCAUAGCACAUACACACAACACACAUUCGCAUAUACACAUACACAAACACACACUAACAUCAUUAUUACCUAUCAUCUUGUUUCGGUUUGCGGAUUGUUAAGUUGUUUAAUCGUCGUAACUUGACGACCAGACAAAAAAAAAAAAAAUGAUUGUCAUUUUUAUUUUAUUGAUUGACGUACUACUCUUAUUAUAAUAAUUGUGUCGAAAAAUAAAAAUAAAAAAAAAUCUUCGCAAUUAUUAUUAUUAUUGUUAUUAUUAUUUGAAAUAGUACUCGCUUUAUGUUAUUUCGUGUAUUUUGAUAUAGUGGCACCACCUGUCAACGUAAUAGUUUUUGAAAAAUGUUAUAAUUUCUAUUCUAUAGUUGAUAGGUAUACAAGUAAUUUGAGUUAAAACUCGCCGUGUUAAUCAGCAGAGGUCGGUGGGUGUGGCGGAAUCGUAUGGUCUUUUUUCUUAUGGUUAAAACAUUACAAUUCCUUGCGCCACGCCCAUAAAUUCCCAUACUCGAAUUUCUAAUACAUUGAAUUUGUAUAUUUUAUAGUUUAUUUUUAACUAUAUUGAUUUUAGAACAGAAAUCCGUGUUCAUUUCAAUCUCAGAUUCGAAAUGACAGUAUUUUUUGAAUUUAAAAUGUUGAUAUAAAAGUACCGCGUAUGAGUUUUACGGUAAAAAAAAAAAAAUAAACGUAUUUUACCGGGAGAGUAGAGAGUAUAAUUUUCUAAAAACGAACAUGUAAUUAUCAUGUACCCUUUCUAACGCUACAUCUUAAUUUAAUCCAGAAAUGCAAUGGGUUCGUUGUGUUACGCCUUACCGCAAUACGUUGCGUGUAAUUUUUUAAUAUGCACAAAUUAUAUUCGAUUUAUCGUAGACGAUUGCGGGGAAAUUUGUAUUGUUUCUUUGACAGUUUUAAACAAUAUGCCACUGACGGAUAAACAACGAGAGUUGUUGCUUUCCGAAGACUAAUUGUUAAAAUAUGCAAGCUUAAAUACAAAAAAAAAAAAGUGAUAACCUGGGAUAAUGAGGACGGGCGCAGCCACUGUUAUAAGGUAACUUAAUGUAUACCCGCAAGCAACGAUAUAAACCUUUGCUUUCGAAAAAACGAUUCUGAGCGGAAUUCAGUUGAUCGUGAUGCUUUGUCAACAAUGUAGAUGUCAUAUCAUAGUAAAAUAAUUAAAUUGGCUCCAUAUAUUUUUGCUUGAAUAAUAUUUGUUUAAUAUCGUACCGAUUUACCCGGUUUUCCCAGUUUUUCACAAUUAGUUAUUGGCUCAACGAUUAGGUAGUUUCUCGUGGUAAUCCGGCACUGCGUUGCUAAACAAAUUAAUUUCACACACUUUUUUUACGUUUAUAUUUCGAGAUCCUGUUGUUGAAAAUAUUAUCGUGAGUCAGUUCGAUAUUACGUUUUUCGGGAGCCGUUUCAACCGGACGAUGGGAUACUUUACCUGAUUCGUAAGAGCCAAUUUAGCGACGGCCUAUUAGAACAUCCGUACUUAUAUUACCGGACUUGUGUUUUUCCGGCAAAGCACGCGCCGCAAAUGCCCGGGUUAGGACAUAGCGUAACGAUAUUAAUCUGAAUUUUCUAGUUUCGCGACUCGUCGUAUGAACGGAUUAUACUAUAUUGGAAUAAAGUUUUUGAAAAAACGAAUCUAUAGAUAAUAUCACAAUGCAUAUAGUAUAAAUUAUAUAAAAACAAACAGAAAACAAAUUUACUCGCAACGUACGUACAUCGAUAACCGCCGGUACGUAAAAAAAUAAAGUCAACCUGUACGAUCCACGGUACAGUGCAGAUAUACAUAAUAUUAUAGUCAAUAUUUAUACGGCGAUAUUCGUAAAUUAUUAUAUUUGAAAAAAAAAAAAAAAAGUUUCCUUUUUACGAAAUGAAAAUGUCGGGAUUGUUAUAUACGAAUAUAUCAUCUGAAAAAAAAAAAAAACAAACAAACGAAAACCCGUCCAACUAACUUUGGCACUAUAAUAAUUUGUUAUCGAUGAAUACAUUAUUAUUAUAAUAUGCACGCGUGUAGAGUUUAUUCAUACGCGUAAUAUACGCGCACACGUUCUUUCUAUUCUUUAUUCGGUAGAGUGUUUAUUUUUUUUUUCCAACAUGCAUUUUCCGUCCCCGUCGUCGGUCGAUAUUCAUUUUUUUUUUUUUUUUCAUGGGUACACGUCAUAAUUAUUAUUAUUUUACUAUGUACCGUGAAUAUAAUAUAUUGUAUUAUGUAUUUCAUAGCAUAUAAUAAUACCCAUAUUACCACCCAUACGUCGGUUUCAUGAUAAUAUUAUGACGACAGGUUGUCGGUCGUGGAUUGCCGUGUAUUGCGACAGAAUAAAAACUAUAUAAACACGAAUUAUAUUCGACCUUUACGUGCAUUGGUGAUAUUGAAUAUUGACGCGUUCUGACAUUGUAUGAUAUGUGUAAUUAAUUGGAUUUUUAAAAACAUUUUUUAUUCAUCUGGAAAGCAUUUUAACGUUUACACCUUACACUUGCAUAUAAUAAUAGUCGAUUGACAUAUGAUCCUAACCUAUAAGUAACGGUUGCGUGAUGUUGAGAAGAAUGCGAAUAAAAAGGAAAAAAAAAAAACAAUAAAAUAUAUAUUCAUAUAUUAUAAAUCUAUAACGAUAUCGUUAUCAAUAAUUGUUAUCACUCUGGUGUUUUAAGAUAGAAAAUAGUGUUUAACCAUUAAGUUAUUCAAAUAUCAAACCUGUAACUGUUUGAUUCAUACAUUUUAAUUGUGUUUAAUUUUGAAUACCUAAAUAUCUUCACUUUUGUUUAAUUAAUACAAAUAGAAAAAAUACCAAUGCAAUAAAAUAAUUUCCCUAGUUUUGCGGCUUUAUUGUGCUAUAUAAUAAAUUACAUUAUUUUUCUGGUACCGAUGGAUUUGUUUUAGAAAAUUAAUUUCGAUUAACGGCUAAAUUGACCCCAGGAAUAACUACACGUUCGACGCAACAAUCGAUUUUGACGAAUAUUGUUUAUUCAGACGGAGGAAGAUGAUGGUGUGACAUUGUGGAAAAAGUGAAAUUAAUAAUAUCAUUACGAAUUCAUUGAAACAAGCAAAACAAAUUAAACCAUACAUUUGGGACACAUUGUACUGGCUGUGUAAUAUAACCACACACAUUUUUAUGAUUUAUUACCGUGUUAUAUGAUUCCAUGAUUUCAAUUUAUGAUUUUUACUAACUGAAAAAGUCUUUUCUUUGAAAAAUAAACACACACACACAUCAUAGUAAAACUUGAUAUACGCUUCUUCGAUGUAAUGAUAAUAUAAAAUAUUUGAAUUUAAUUGUAUAAUACAAUGAAAAAAAAAAAAAUAUGUACAUAAUAAAUAGCGGACGAAAUACGUAUUAUUCGCGUUAUAAUAAAUAUGGGAUAAUGUGAAAUUUUCUUAUAAAGAUUUUCGAGAGUCGUAUACAUUAUAAUAAUAUUUUAAAUAUGACGGAUGAUAGAUGAGAAUAAUGUUCAGCCCCGUCUGUUUGACGAUAGGUAUAUAAACUUAUUGACGGGCUUAUAGAAAAAAAAAAAAAAAAAGUUUUUUUAGUAAUUUCGAUACACCCCGUGCGGCGAACAUUGACAGUUUCGACGAUUUGACGUGUUCGAGUUAUAAUCAAUAACAUAAUAAUUUUAUUAUUAUUAUUAUGACGAGGAGGUUAUCGAUGGUUACCGCGAUGGCGUUUACGGUUCUGUUUCUGUCCCUGCGACCGUGUUUAAGGGAGCGUCAACAGUGUACCGCGCGAUUCGAGUGUUAUAGAAAUGUUUUUUUUUAUUAUUAUUAUAAUUUACUUGCAAAAUUCUUGCUACAUUUAUCAACGAUUUAUUAAGAUUUUUUAAUUAUAUUUGAGAAAAAAAUAAUAAAAAACAAGGUUUUUCUAAGAGUCGAUAAAUAUCAACAAAAAAAAAAGUGCAGAAUUAAGUUAAUUAAGUUAAUGAAUUGUUUUUGGACGAAUAGUAUUUAAUAAUACGAUUAUAAAUAAUUUAAAAAUUUAAAAACUUGUGACUAUUCACAUUUUUAUUUUGUAUUAUAAAUUUGAGAUUUAUUUUGGAGUCGAACAAUUUUUAUAUAAGAAAAACAGUGGACAAUUUUUCGAGAAUUUUUAUGACUUUCGUAAAAAUUUGAAGCUUAAAAAAAUACGGUGAAAUUCAUAUUAAAAUUCAACCAAAACUUUAUCAUGCAGUUUAAGCUUAUUUGGUACAGAGAGAGCUACUAAAAGUGUUCAAAAGUAGCGGGAAAAUGAUAAAUAAUAGGCACAAUGCAGUGAAAUAGUCUAUAGUUUUAGGGAAAAUUUGACAGCAAAAAAUUGUGUGAUAUUAACCUCAUGUCGGAUUUUCGAGACACAAAUCUCCGGUCGAAAACUUUUUCGCAUUCACUUAAAAAAAUUAAAUAUCUCGUAGUAAAACCGAUAAAAUCAUAAAAGUUAAAACAGCCAACGGGCACAUGAUGCGAACCUAUUGUUUCGGUGUGUCUACCGAUAAUUUAAUUUCCCGACUAAUUAUUUUCGUUUAUAUCUUCUUCGUCUUUUUUUUUCUUACGGCGUAGCGGCAUCUAUUUUUGUCUUCUAUUGCCUUUCUCUAUUGUACUUCAAAUUCCACCGCUCCAUCGUCUCCAGCAUAACAAUUCUCCAAUCUUAAACAAAUUAUUAUUCUUAUAGUGGUCAUUUUUCUGUUGGGUUGUUUCGAUUACAUAUCUUAUUAUUGGCUCCUUAUAUUCUGUCCAUUUCAUUCUCCUCAAUAAAAUUUAAUUUGCGAUUCUAGGACGUUGGAAAUGAUCCUUUAGUUCUCGAUUGUAUUUUAUUCUCUAUUCCCUAGCUUGAGCAUCCUUCCAUGGUCAAACAAAUUUUCUUUUGAAAACUUCCGAUCUUAUUUCUUUCAUUUAUUUGAAACGCUAUAUUUCUAAACUACACACCACCACUAGUCACAUCAACAUCAUGUAAAUUUGCCAGUUUAAAUUUAUCGAUAUUGCUUUUGAGUUUAACUGUUUUCCAAACCAUGGUAGCGGCUGUUACUAGUUUUUAGUUUGAUGUCAAUUUCUACAUUAACGUCGUUUCGUUUAUUUCCAUACUGCAGUAAAAAAUAUUUAGUGACAAAUGAAAGAAAAGUUCGAUGAAAGAUUACAGAUCGUCGUGAAGAUUAUUACGGAUUACCUCGACGGUUUAAUAACAAUAAUAAUAAUAAUAACAACGUUUUCCUAAACUUUCGUAUAAAACCUGCGAAUUUACCUCCCAGGGCACUGGAUUUUUGGACACGAAAUAUAUGUAUAAUAUUAUCGGCCGUUGUAGCAACGAUUCGAAAUGGACGGGAGAGAGGGUGCGACGUCGAAGCGGUAGAAUCGAAAAUACAGCGUUAUAACCGCGUACUUCUUCUUCGCCAUUCCCAUUUAUAUAUACGUGUGUAUACUUACCCUGCACCACCUCCAGUGUUCGGUGGUUGAUUAAUUGACGUGCUUCAAGAGAAUACCUAUUAUAUAGCGUGUUCGGCAGCGGCGUUUCGUUUAAUUUCGAUUUUAUAAUAAUGAUGAUGCGCGGAAUAAAAACGGAAACGCAUUUUGCGCCACGUUUUUUCUCGUUCUGAUUAAUGACCGUAGGCAGGAAAGCGGGUGUAUAAUACAGUGUAUUUUAUAAAGAUGUGAGAACCGUCUCGGAAAACCUAGUGUUUCGGAAUAUUGAAUCUAGAGUCUCGAAAUAAUCGAAUUUUUUUUUGUUAGAUUCGAGUAUUACUAGCUACGUUAUCCAGGAGAACGGCCUUUGAAGACUAGGCUGGGACAUAACAUGUUAUCAAAAACUGUCAUUUAGAGAGGUGUUUUUAGUAUCUAUUUAAUCUGCAGCUAUUUAAACAGCGCGGCUUUUAGGUUAAAAAAUUAUAAUCUUAAAUUUAAUUCAAAUAAAUAAUAAUACAUAGUUAUUAAAUCAUUCUUUAUUUACGAACAUAAAAAGGGGAAAAGUUAUUAAAUUUAAAAAAAAAAAAAACAUUUAUUUUUGUUGUUAUUGAUAAUUUUACUAACUUUAAUAUAACUUUAAUAAAGUUUGACUUGAGGCGUUUUCUGAAAAAAGUGCAUAGUAUAAAACUGAACUAAAACUGCGAACUGUGAGCGAUUGCAUAAUUAUUAUAGAGAAGACAGCCAGUGCUCCGAUAGAAAUGUAAAAUUAUUUUAUUUUAUUUUUAGUGUGUACAAUUUAGUAUAUUAUGCUCAAGAUAGUUUUUAUUCCGACUCAAUCAAAAUUCUGAAUUAUUAUUUUUUAUUCAAUUUCAAUGUAUAUUUUAGAGUUUAGACUAACAUACUAUAUUUUUGAUGUUUAAAUUCUUACCAUUUGCUCAUAUUUUUUACAGUACUUUUAUUCAGUUACAAUGAAUUUGAAUAAAUACGUAAGUGUAAAUAAUAAGUACAACUUGUAAACAAUAUUAAAUAUUUAUUAGAACAUUUUGUAAAGUAUAGACUAUAGUUUAAUAUAAAAAAAAAGUUUAUGAUAAACCAAUACAAUUGAAUCAACAUACAAAUUAUUUGUUGAAAAACUUAAUAGGAACAUUUUUCAAUAAAUCUUUCGGUACGUUUUGUAAUAUAGCCUGUAGGAAUAACCGAAUAUUGGACGAAAAGUUCUUAGGUUUCAGUAUGGUUUACUUACAUAAGCAUAAUAUUGUAAUAUUAAAAACCUGCGUUUAAAAAAUACAUAUAUCUAUGAUCUAAAAUACAACAGCAUAUGUUUAUUGUUUUUUUACUGAAACAUUUAAACAUAACUCACUGAAUUGCAAGAUAACGUUUUGUAGUUUGACCAUUUACCGAAAUAAUUAAAACCUCGAUUAAAACUUAUAAAUUGUUAUUAUCUUAUUAUCAACUAUUUAUUAGUUUUUUUUUUUUUCGUGUACCAGAGAUAAUAUAUUAUUUUAUAUAUGUCGUAUAAUACAGUCUAAUACAAUUCGUAUCAUAUAGUUUACAUCUCUAGGGUUGAGUAUAAAAUAUCCUAGCACGUGCGUUUUACAAGCGUAAUUGUUUAUAUACUCAAAGUUUUAUGGGGUUAAACAGUUAAUUUUUAAUCAUUUAAAAAAAAUCACUGUGUAUAAUUAUGGAGCCAAAGGUAGACUACAUCUAAAUGAUAUACAUGUCAAAAAAUCGAAUAUGCAAAAUUAUUUCUUUUUAUACUUUGGUCAUCUGUUUCUGUACACAUUAUUUGAUUUCGUCCUCUUUUUUUCAACUAGGUUUUGUACCUUUGUCCCGUAUUUUUAUGUAUACUUAUGUAUAUAUUCAACUGUACACAUAGAAGAAUGUUAACGAGAGUAAAAAUACUUGGAUUUUCUGUGUGUGAAACAAACACACAUAACCAUACUUACAAGCCUUCAAAAAAUAUCUCAUCUUCGUAUUGAAUUCAAACAUCAUAUUACAAACAAUAUACCGGACUCGAUAUCCGACAUCUAAAAUUAAUCUAAAAAUCAAUUUCCAACUAUGUAAGUUGGUCGUUUUUGAUUAUACGAAAGAGGCGAACAAAUGAACAGGAGGACUUUUUACUGUCUUCGAUAAAUUGUGUUUAGAGAAUAUGCUAGCAUAUCUGCUGCUGUAUAUGUUUCUUGGUAGGAGAUUUUUGAAAACUACUGUCGAAAAAUUAUAGUAAGACUUAUAGGUUCACAAGUUAUACGACUUAGCGCGUUGAAAAUAUAAUAUUCGUAUAUAGUGUUCUCGAGACAGUCGUGAGUUUGCGUUUAAUCGAAUUCUUUCGUACCAAAGCUAAACUAAUUUGAAGCGCUACUCCGUUUUUCGCAAAGGGUCGACGUAUUCAGAUGUUAAAUCAUAGACUCCGUGAUUUCCAGCUUGGAACAAGUAAAUGUUCUAGUAAUGUCAUCAACUAAUAAAAUUCUACUAUUCGAUUUUAGUGCGUCUGCAUAAACGGGGAUGGAAAUAUUGGAAAUAUUUUAAUUAAUUUGAAUUUACUCCGUGGAACGCUGUGUUUGUAUCGUAAGGUAUGCGAGUAUUUUAAUUACACCCUUAAUGUGAAUAAUGAUCACGUUAAUUGGGAAAAACUGGGAAAAAUGUAUGAAAAACGGAAAAGUUUACGGCAAUAACGGUUUCAUUAGAUAUCUGAAAUUUUUAUAGGCGUAGUCAAAUUUUCAAAACUUUCUGUCGAAUUUUGACUUAUUCAUAGGUAGCGUUUUUUAAAUUUUCAUUUGGUUUUAUGUGGAUAAAAUUGUUUUAGCCAAACAGAAAUACUUAAAAAUUUAAGACUAUGUUCAGUAUAAUGAGUUGUACUUAUUAAAACAAAAAAACAGUUGAGUUAUGUUGUUAAAAUUGUUUAUUGUUAAUAUAGUUGUUAGACUUAAAAUGUUGACAUAAAUCGUAAAAUAAUAUAGGAUUUCAAGACUUGUAUUACUGAACUCGUUCAGAAUCGUACUAUGUUAAGAAUAAUUUACUAUUGAAUAGAAACACAAUAAUAAACUCUAUUUAUCAUUUUUUGUAUAGGGAUUAUUGGUUUUAAUUUGAUAUGUGGGUAUUAACUUUUGUGUGUUAUCUUUUCGAAAACAAAAAAUUUGCUUCAUUCGUAAAUGAGAAGAUAAUUUUUUUGUAGUAUUUUGGAUUUAGUUGGUGAGUAAAAAGUAGUUUUUUAAUUUUACGUGGAGUUUUAUUGAUAUUAGAAAUUGAACAAAAAAACGUAGAAAGAAAGUAAAAGUGUACAGAAACAAUGGUAUCAAUAUUUUCAAUUUUAUUUUUUUUUUGUAAUUCAGUUAAAUAUUCGUAGACUUGAAAUUUUGACAGAAAAAAUAUAUAUGCUUUUUUUUUAGAUGUGGUAAAGUAUUCAAAUAAUUCCGGUGAUUUUUAAGCUAUUUAUGGGCAUUUUAUAUUUGUACGUAGUUUUUCUUUAGUAGGUACUAUAUGAGAACAUAAUAUAUUUGACCGAAUAGAAAUGCUUGAAAAGUGAACAAGAGGUUCAUUAUAAGUUGUACUAAUAGUGAUAAAAAAUAAAAAAAAAAAAGAGCGUGUUGUAGUAAUUUUGUUAGAUAAUGGUUUUAAGAUCAAAUUUUCAUGAAAAUUGUAAAUAUUAUGGCUUUUCAAAUCAUAUAUUGACGAACUUCGCUCAGAUUCGUUUUUCGUUAGCAAUAAUUGAUCGUUGUUUACAGGCACGAAUUAAAUAACUCUAUGUAUCAUAUCUUCCAAAUUUCCUACAAUAGUGGUAUACCCUUUAGUAGUUUGAGUUCUUUUUUUUAUUAUUCCGGAUUACAAUUAAAACAUGAUAUGUUUGUUAAAUUUUCCUCGGCAAAAACGAUUUUUUUUUUUUUAUACUCGAUCUAGUUGUCAAAAAGGUCAUCGAAAAACGAACUACAGUGCGCGGGUUUUGCGAUUAAAACUGUUUUGACCACAACGAUUAUCGCAUUAACGACAUGUUAAUUAACGCGUCGUUGUCUUGCGGAAUUGAUAUUUAAACCGAACUCGUGACGUGUCUGAAACAUGUUUUCGAAAACCGCAUACACCGCAGUUCAACGUUUUGCCACAACAAUAUUAGUCUUUCAAACAUCAAAAUAUGAAUUUACGGGUGUUUGGGAAUUUAGGAACAGUUAAUAUAAUAUUUAGUUUUCUUAGAUUUUGAGACAUGAAAAAUAGUAUAGUUUUAUCAAGUUUUAUGUGUAUGUGUGUUUGUUAUUAGUUUCAAAAUUGUUUUCUCUGUUAACACGAAUUUCGUUAGAAGAACGUAGUCCGAUCGUAAACAUUGCAAGGUUUCUGGUAGCUAAUUUUGUCUCGGCGGUGCGUUGACAAGGUUGAUAUUUUGAAAUUCCUUGUACUUUUCUUUACAACCGAGAAAAACAACCGGAACAAUUUAUACGGCGGUGGUGCAGUCGGUAGAUCGCGCUCUGCAGUGGCCGCCGGUGCAAUCAAGGACGUCAUGCGUUCGGCCGAACUACCUUUAUUCCCGCGUAAUCAAAACAGGGCGGAUUCCUCAUUAUACGUUUGAGAGAGAAUGAUAAAUACGUAUUAAAACAUAAAAGAUAAAAUUGUAAAUAACACAUACUAAAAAUGUUAUAGAAUACCUGCGUAUACCUUAUUAUAGUAUCUUAAAAUUUCAAACAUAGGAUUUGCUCGUAUAUCGGACACGUGAGUUCAUAGUGUUUUAGUUGCGAGUAUUUAGUAUUAGUUCACAGUCAUUAAUUAUUACGAGCCGUGUACCGAAUAAGGAUCGUAGAAUCGAAAACGCUUUUACUGGAAAACGAAAUAAACGAUGCAUUUCGAUUAAAAAUAUUUAAUCGCACCCGUGGAAUGCACCAAUCAAUCCCGAAUCUGUUAUAACGAGGGAGAAAUUCGAUUGUUAUAAGUCGCCCGAACAUAUCACACAAUAUUUUAAAAUCACUCGCGCAAACGCGUUGUGAGAAAUUGUCCAAACGAAAUGCAAUUUUUACAACCUCGCCCAAAUGCCAACCGCCCGCAAUCAAUCCGAAUGUGAAACCCUACAACGACGCAACGAGUUAAUGCAGGGCGUCCCACGAAGAUAUCCCCGUUUUAACAUCUUCGGAGAUAAUAAAGAUAAGCAAAUUCGUUUUUUUUUUUUUUAUUAUACUCACUAGGAUAAGGAUUACAAAUAUUUAUAUUGCAAUUAUUUUUUAUGUUUAGGUGAAUAAUUUAAAAGAAAAUUGUUUUAUUUUGUUAUUUUUGAAACGUUUUUAGUUAUCCAUUUCACAGAGUUUAUUCAUCUGAAAACUUUGACGAAUCAACUUUUUAUUUUCAUUAAAUUCGUGAUUUUCAAUCAUUUUUCAAAGUUCAGAGAAAAGCGAAGUGUACAGUCAAUUAAUCGUAAUAAUAAUAAUCAAUUAGAGAACGCGAUUUGAAAUGAAAAAUAUCAAGUCGAUACAUGAAAAUGUUCAGAAAAAUAAACUCAAGUUUUUCAAAAAUAAUAAAAUAAAAAGUUAUUCUAUUUAAUUUUUUAUCAGAGCGUGAAAAAAUGAAUUGUUAUAUAAGUAUUUUUAUUCUAUAUCCCGGUGAGUAGUAUUGAAAAAAAAAAAAAAAACAUAGAAUUUCGGUUAUCUUUCCGGAUAUAUUACAACGGGUACAUCUUCGCGGGAUACACCCCGUACGCAGUUGCUCUAUCCGAGAUAUAGUGUAUCGAAUCGGAACCGAUGAUAUAUUGCGACGUUAAUAUCGUUUUAAUUUUCGGGAUACAUAGUGUAAUAUUUCACCGACAAAACAAAACAAAUUUAUAAUAAUAUUGUAACGUCGAAUAAACUUUUACAAGACGCGCGUUGCCGUGCACACAAUACAACACCUACACAUAUAGGACGGAAAAAUCCGCAUCGAGGGCAUUUGCAAGUGUGUGUGUGUGUGUGUGUGUGUGGGGGGGGAUUUUUUUCAAUCAACUCGUUCGCCGUAUAUUAUAUUUUAGCAUUAUCAUAACGCCCUCCGGUAAGACUUUGGCGGCGGCGAAACAAAGGAAACACCGUCCGUACAAAAGCUAUAUAAAUGAUUAAAAAAAAAAAAAAAAAAUUAUAACAACAAUGAUAAAAAUAUAAAAUGUAAUAUUUCCUUCCGCGGGGAAAUGUUUACCGACAUUUUGCCGCCGAUAAGUGAGAAGAGGUGAUUAUUUUCGCCCACGAUUACUUGUCUCGACUUAAUCCCAGUUUGUAUUGUUAGUAACGAUUGUACUAUCGUUUUCGACGUCCGCGGUUUUCAUUUAAAGAUUCGGCAUUUAUGAUUUUUUUUGUUUCACAGGGUUUUCGCAGCCGUCGCGAGCCGACAGUCGGGACGGAGGCGGCGCGUUUUCGAGGAAGAAAAUGAAAAAAACGAACGGGUACGCGUCGCAGCGGAACAGCAACUUGUAUUACAAUUAUUAUUCACAAGCCUAUUAUUAUUAAUAAUAACGAGAGUAAUGUUAUAAUUAUAUUAUAUUAACGUAAAAUUUCGCUAAAUUCGUGGUUUUUGAGGCCAUAUUAAUGACACUAAUGAUAACUACGAUAAUAUAAACAGGCGCGUAAGCGAGAGAAAAAAAAAAAAAAAGCUAAAGAGUUUAACCAGACAUAGGGAGGCGGUGGGGGGGGACAGAAAUAAAAAAUAUAACGGCUUGAUAUUUUGUAAAUAUACUGAUUAUAUUAUUAUCAUCACCAUCAUCAUCAUCGACUUUCCUAACUAAUAAAUAACGUCACGUCAUUUGUCCCGUGAUAACAUUAUAUUAUUAUUAUUAUUAUUAUUAUUAUUGGAUAUAUUUCAUUCCGUGUCUGGGGACCUGCGCGCGCGCAGUGAUAGCGACCGCAAUUAACUUUUAGCCGGCAUGCCCCUGUUUAUUAAUUUAUUAUACUCGCGGUUUGUGUCGUUUAUUAUGUUUUAACAAUAACGUUAUUUUAUUCAAACGAUUAAUUUACUAUUAUAUUGUACGCGCAUUAUAUAUAUUUAUGUAUUCAAUUUUAAUAAAACAAAAUAUUUAUAUACCAUUAUACUAUUACUAUUACGAGGCCGCACGAAAUCUGCGCAUAAUACACUUAUUAAUUAUAUUAUAUUAUACUAUACCUACUGAGUUUAUGUUAACAUAAUAUUUUCGUAUAUUAAAAUUAUGUCG